UUAGAACUACAUUUUUUAGAACUACAUUUGAAGAAUUUUUGCAAUGUUUGUGUGUUUUGACUGUGCUGUGACUGUACUCCCAGCUGGUUGCCAGCCUGGUUCUGUGAAAGUCCUCCAGUCGAGCUGGGGAGGCUGCUCCAUCGACUAACAGUAUCCAAAAGUCCCAGGCUCAGCCAGCUCUCAGGGCAUAGCUCGACCAAUCAGCUUCAUGCAUCUUAUUUUACAGUUGACACACACACACACAAACUGAUUUUACACAUGCAUCAACUAAUUUUUGAUUUGUUCAUGCUGCGUACUUACCUGGAUCUCAUCUUCCUCUUCCAGGUUGACCGCCAUCUUGGCCGACGGCGGUCACAAUGGCGGCGAAGGGGACGGAGAACAAGAUCUCUCUGACCGAGAUGCAGAUCAAGGACCUCCAACGCGCCUUUGAGAAAGGGAGCUUCUCUGACCUCUCCGAACGUCUGCAAGAGGCGCUUUCCAACUUGGAGAACAUCUCCUUGGACGUGGCCAUCACCGGAGAACCUGGCGUCGGCAAGUCGACCUUCAUCAACGCUUUCCGGGAUUUGCAUGCCGAUGAUGACAACGCUGCCCCGACUGGAGAGUCCGCCAACUCCGCCAACAAGGAGCCCUGUCCUUACCCGCACCCGAAAUACGCCAAGGUCGUUCUGUGGGACCUGCCGAGCAUCGGUGGCCCCAGUUUCCGCCCUCGGGACUAUUUGCAGCAGAACAACUUCUCCCGUUAUGACUUCUUCAUCAUCCUCUCCUCCCGGUGCUUCACCUCCCUCCACGCCAAGCUGGCCCACUACCUUCAGAGGGUCCACAAGGAUGUCUACUUUGUGCGCUCCAAAGUGGACGAGGACAUCGAGGCGGGUCGGCGGGAGCACCCCUCCGGUUUCAGCGAGGCGGUCGCCCUGAAAGAGAUGCGAGAGGCCUGCCUCGGCGACCUCGAAGCCGCCGGGGUGAAGUCCCCCAAGGUCUUCCUGAUCUCCAGCUUUGCCUUCGGGAAGUAUGACUUCCCUCUCCUCGGGGAGACGCUCUGGAAGGACUUGGACCUCCAGAAGAGCCACUCGUUCCUCCUGGCUGCCCCAAACAUCUCCCACCGUCUCCUGGAGAAGAAGAGGGAUGUCGUGGCGCAACAAUUGUGGCUGGUGGCGGUAGUGGCCUGUGGCGUCCUCCCGGAGCCCAUCCCCGAAGUGUCCGUCGCCUGCGACGUGGAGCUGCUCAUCAAGACGCUCCGGGGAUACUGCGUCCACUUCGACCUGGAAGAGUCCUCCUUGCGGAAGGCUGCCGACCAAGCCGGGCUUCCUUUCGGGCAGCUCAGGGUUUUGGUCAGGUCACCGCUGUCCGGCGAAGUCACCCGGGAAGGAGUGUUGGAGAGGCUGACGGAGGCGGCCAGCAAGGCGCCCAAUCUGCCCAAACAGCUGGUGCCCAUGGCCUCCAUGGGCCUGUCCUUUGCCGUGGUCUACAACAUGCUGAAGUCCUUUGUGGACGAGGCGGUCGCCGAUGCACACCGGGUCCUGCUCAGAGUGUUCAUGAGCCAAAAGCCUCAAAACAGGUCUCGGGCCGAUAUUCAGAGAGACGUGGAAGAAGACAAAUCCGAGGCCUAAAAAGACACCAGGAUAUCUCCUUGUCCUAUAAUACAAAACCCCAUGGAGAUGUUUCAGAGAUAAAGUAUGUGGCAGAAGUCCUCAGGC